CAUGUAGUAGUAUCGAUAAGCUAGAGAAUACCACAACCUUUAGAGUAUUUUUUUUUUUUUUUUUUAAUUUACGUGUAGGUGUCGCCCUAUAAUUGGGCCUACCGCCAUUACGUGUACUUUUUAUUCAUAACGUUUCGUUGUGCCUGAGGAUUCAGACGCCAAUAGAGUAAAACAAUUAUUGUUAAUUAAUAAAAAAUUAACAUUAAUAACAACAAUGUCAGGACACAGUUCCAAAAAACGGUCACGCUCUCGUUCACAACAUCGUGAAAGAAGCAGUGACAGAAAAAUGAGGAAGAUGCAGGAACAAUUGGAUAGCCUCAUGAAAAUGACAAAGGCAUUAAUCCAGAAUCAGCAAACACCUCAAAAAGAAUAUAACAAAAGAGAGGAAACUGAUGACAACAAAAAAUCAGAUGAAGCAAAGAAAAGCAUUGAAAAACCGAGAGAAAUAUCAGAGAUAGAAAAGUCUUCUGAUGAAGCAAGUCAUCAGGAACAAGAAGAUGUUGAAGUUGUCACAACAGUGGCUAACAUAGAUUUGAUUAAAUCUUUGGGGGAUGACCCAACCAUACCCAAGUCAACUCUCAAUGAUCAUGCAGAAAUAAAAUCGAGAUGGGGGAAUUGGAAAAAUAAGGGUCUACCUGAAAAGACCAAAAAAGAAAUCUUGGAAAAAUAUCCAAGAAAUGGAGAUAUGCAUUUGGAAGCUCCAAAGGUAAAUUUACCAGUUCCAAUGACUCCAAUGGCCACUAAAAGAGACCAACAUUUCAUUGAAACACAAAAUUGUGUUGGUUCAGCCAUUGGAGCACUCAGCUCAGCUAUAUCAAUGAUGCUAAAUGCUGCCCCUGGUGAAGAUAUUGAUCAGGAAGAAUUUUCAGAAUACCUGUCUCACACUGGACAGUUAUUAACUGACAUUUUCUACCAAUUGUCAAUGACAAGAAAAUCUUUUAUCACACCAUUGAUGGAUAAAAUUUAUAAAUCAACUUUGGAUGAGGCAACACCAGAUGAAUGGCUUUAUGGAGAAAAAUUCUCUGACCAGGUGAAAGAUGCAAAAGUCUUGGAAAAAACAAGUACAAGCAUUAAAGCAUCAGACAAAAAAUUCAUUAACAGACUCAACAAUUAA